AAUCUCUUUUUUACUAAAUCAAUUAAACAUGGGUGAGGCUCCUCAACUUCUCUAUGUUAAUGGUUUCUCAAAAUUUUGCCAUGUAACUCAAAAAAACCAUGCCAAUGGUAUUCUUCAUAAUAAUAAUAACCACCAUGAGUUCUCAAGGUUUGGCCCUGAAAAUCAACAAAAGAAUGGAAGUAAUGGUAACUAUGAUUCCUCAUCAUGGUAUGAGGAAGUCAUUGACGAUGAUCUCAAAUGGUCCUUCAAACUCAAUAGGGUGCUCCACAAAGGGGUUAGCAAGUACCAAGACAUAGCUCUUUUGGAUACAAAGCGUUUUGGAAAGGCUUUGAUGAUUGAUGGAAAGAUGCAGAGUGCUGAAUCAGAUGAGUUUAUUUAUCAUGAAUGCUUGAUUCAUCCCUCCCUUUUAUGCCACCCCAACCCAAAAAAGGUGUUUAUUAUGGGAGGAGGUGAAGGUUCUGCUGCUAGGGAAGCCCUCAAACAUAAGACAAUAGACAAAGUUGUCAUGUGCGACAUAGACCAGGAGGUGGUAGAUUUCUGUAGGAAAUAUUUGACUGUGAAUAGGGAGACAUUUUAUCACAGGAAGCUUGACCUUGUCAUCAAUGAUGCCAAGGCUGAGUUGGAAAAGAGAAAGGAGAAGUAUGAUGUGAUUGUUGGAGAUUUGGCUGACCCACUUGAAGAUGGGCCUUGCUAUCAACUCUACACCAAAUCCUUUUAUGAGAAAAUCUUGAAGCCCAAGCUCAAUGAUCAUGGCAUUUUUGUCACCCAGAUGUGAUGGUAUAUUCCACUCAUGUACCAUCUUUUGCUGAUACAUGGGGAUGGGUUAUGGCUUCUGAUGAACCAUUAUCAAUUGGUGCUGAGGAAAUGGACAAAAGAAUCAAAGCAAGGAUAGAUGGAGAAUUGCUUUAUCUAAAUGGUGCUUGGUUCCAAUCAGCUGCUACCAUGAAUAAGACUGUUUCACAAUCGUUGAAGAACGAAACUCACGUGUACACAGAAGAAAAUGCUAGAUUUAUUCCUGGGCAUGGUGUGGCUUAUCGUCUCUAAAGUUUGGAACUAUAAAUAUAGGGAAAUCCUUGCAUACUCUUUCAAAUACUGCAUUAGUCUAAAUUUAACUUUAGCGUGUGUUUGUAUUAGUCUAUUAGAGUAAAGAUGAGAGAUAAUUUUUCACAAAUAAAUUUCGUGUCGAUAAUUCUCUCCCAUUUUUACUCAAACCAAACGCAUUGUAAAGUUGAUCCGAGCCAACAUUCAAUUUUUGUAAUACAUGCAAUAAUAAUGCAUGUGUUCAUUAGCAUAGUAGUGCAAUAGUGUUAGAGUAUGUAAGAAUUUGCUUGUACAGAUUUACAAAGGUUGAAGGGCUCAAAAUUCAAAUCAAUAAGCACAACAAAUAUCAAUCAAUAGUUUGGAAUUUGUUUCAA